AUGUCUCGAAUGAUGGGACUGGUCAUGAAGCUAACAAGACCGGAAAAGAACAUUCAGCAAAACAAACAAGUUGAACUACUACCGCCAAGCCGGACUAUAUAUGUCAAUAACCUCAAUGAGAAAACUAACCCCAUAAAGUUGGAAGAGGAUUUGCGUGCCUUGUUUAGCAAAUUUGGUGAUAUUGUGGACUUCUCAGCCUUGCGGAGCUUCUGGAGGCGAGGCCAGGCAUUCAUUAGCUUCAAGGAUCUGGAGAGCGCCGAACGGGCAGUAACGGAUAUGCAGGGGUAUCUGUACUCAGGCAAGCCGAUGCGAGUGAAUUUUGCCCGGAAGGAGAGUUGGGUGCAUGACGACAAGCGGAAGGAAGAAGUGUCGACUGGGCGUCAGCAGCAGGCGGCGAGCAGCGACCCGAGUAGCCGCAAACCGUUCGGAAUCCAGGAGCGAGAGCGCGCGUUGCAGCAGGAGUUUUUGCAGUUGCAGCAAGACCUGAUUGAGUACCAACGGUCCUUGGCGGCUAGCGCCGAGGAACGGGGCAAGCGCAAAUCCUUCAGUCUGUCCCUAGCCAAGCCCAACGAAAAGCGGGCCAAGAUCGACGCGCCCACUGUCGGUGCCGAACCGCACCGAAUCCUCUUCUGCGACUCCGUCCCCGACGGCAUGGAGGAAGGUGACCUCAUAGCCCUCUUCGCCAACUUCGCUGGGUUCGAAAAAGUGCGCUACAUCGAGGCCAAAAAAGUCGCGUUCGUUGAUUUCCGCACUGUCGACAACGCUAGCACCGCCCUCCAGUCCAUUUCCAAGUCGGGCGAGAACAAGGGCGUCCACGUAACCUAUGCCAAGCGCUGA